AUGAAGAGGUACCUGCUUUAUAUGGUUCAAGUUCACUUGAACUUUAGAAGGGCAGAGCUAGAAUCGCUAGCAGAUUUAUAUAAUCUUUCAAUAGACUUCUCCCAGUAUAACACCGAAAGUCCAUUUUUUGUUGUAGAACUAGAAGACGACCAGCAAGCUAGGGAUUGGGUCAAGAGAUCUAUUUUGACUAGAGGUAUUUACGAGUAUUGGGGACAGGGUACAACGCUGGAUGAAUUGCAUCAAGAUAUCCAGCGUAAGUCUAAUUUUGAACAAGAUCUACAAUUAAAAUUUAAGCAUUCCACUUUCAAGUUCGAAUUCGAAUGCUACAAAGGUAAUAAUAAAGCUAACAGAAUAAAACAAAUUGAAACUUUCCGUUACCUGGACUUUGAGGGGAAGAUUGACAUAAAGCAUCCUCAAGAAGUCUUUACCGUUAUAGAAGAGUACACUCCAAUAUCGGAAAAUGUUGGGGGGAAGACUCCCACAAGGAUUUUUUUCGGUAGACAGGUUCAAAUGAGUAAUAGAAGUGCCAUGGAGAAAUACGACUUGAAGAAAAGGCCUUACAAGGGUACAACGAGUUUCGAAGCGGAAUUAUCGUUGGUUAGUGCCAACAUAGCUCAGGUGAAACCGGGAACUAUAAUGUACGAUCCAUUCGCAGGCACGGGCUCCUUCUUGGUUGCCGGUGGACAUUUCGGUUCUUUAGUUAUCGGUUCCGAUAUCGACGGCAGGAUGAUUCGAGGGAAGGGGGCCCAAGUGAACAUCUCAGCCAACUUCAAAAAAUAUGACGAAAGUUCUCAAUUCCUCGAUGUGUUAACCAUGGACUUCACAAAUAAUGCAUUAAGAAGCAACCUCACCAUUGACACCAUAUUGUGUGAUCCUCCUUAUGGAAUAAGAGAGAGUAUCAAAGUCCUGGGCGCUAAGGAUCCGGAAAGAUUCCUUGGGAAGGAAGAUUUGGUGAUUAAUGGUGAAAAGGCGUAUUUGCGCCGCGAUUAUAUCCCGACUAAAAAACCAUAUGCUUUGGAUUCAUUGUUGGACGAUCUUUUACAAUACUCUUCUGAAAGAUUACCGAUCGACGGGAGGUUAGCCUUCUGGAUGCCCACGGCAAACGAUGCCAACAUUGAAACCAUUGUGCCGAUGCAUGAGAACCUAGAGCUGAAGUAUAAUUGCGUACAGGAAUUCAACAAAUGGUCAAGGAGACUACUGGUCUAUAUCAAUCGGGGUGAUACUUUUAAUGGGCCGAGUAAUCAUGGAUUAGUACGUUCGAAGGAUAAUUUCAGGGACCGGUACUUCAACAACUUCAAUUAA